GUGAGGGUAGGUCAGCGAGGUUAAGUUUAUGUAUUCUAAAACUCUUCUCUAUCUCUCUCUAGCGAGUGUAGGUCUGUGAUGAGAGAAGCGUAUCAGAUUUAACACUGCAACAUAUUUUGUGUUUACUUUUUCAAAAUCUCUGGCAAAGCUUUUGCUUCUCUUGUUUUGAGAGAGUAUGACUUUGUAACAGUUGCAUAACAGCAUCUGUCAGAUACACAAAUGAACUCAACAAAAUAUUGUAUUUAUCAUGCCCUCAUCACCUCUUCUAAUUCAUCAUCUUCUUCUUCCUCAGACAUGGUUUUUGCUGACAUUGCUUCGCUUUCUCUCAACCCUAACAGCAACUAUGGCCUCACUACCACCCAUGUUUCUUCUUCUGGUUUUCCUUUUAUGAUGACAAACCACCACCACCACCACCCCCACCACCGUACGGGUGGUUCUGAGGAUUGUAGUGAUAACAAUGAGACUGUAAGUGUAAAUUACUCGAACGAUCAUGAGGAAGAGAAUAACCCUAAUAAUAAUUGUAACACGAACAGUACUAGUGGUGGAAAAGAAACAGACAGCAGCAGUGGUCAAUCAAAGCUCUGUGCACGGGGACAUUGGAGACCUGCCGAAGAUUCAAAGCUUAAAGAACUUGUCGCUCUUUAUGGCCCUCAGAAUUGGAACCUUAUUGCUGAGAAGUUACAGGGUAGAUCAGGUAAAAGCUGUAGAUUGAGAUGGUUUAACCAGCUUGACCCCAGAAUAAACAGAAGAGCUUUCACUGAAGAAGAAGAAGAGAGACUAAUGCAAGCUCACAGACUAUACGGUAACAAAUGGGCGAUGAUAGCAAGGCUUUUCCCUGGAAGAACUGAUAAUGCAGUCAAGAAUCAUUGGCAUGUUAUCAUGGCGAGAAAAUAUAGAGAACAGUCCAGUGCUUAUAGGAGAAGAAAGCUCACACAAUCUCUCCAUCAACCUACUGCUACAGCCUUCAUCUCCGGACAAGACCCACCGCCGCCGCAGCCACCGCCAUACUGGGCUGCAACUGGCGAACCAGGCUUCAGUAUACAUGCUCCUCUUACUGGGUUUUGUGCACAGCAAACACCUUAUGAUUUCUUUCAAGGUGCAAAGAGCAAUGUUGACAUGAUGGGCGUGUUGAGUCAGAGCAGAUGUUGGGAUAGGGCGAGCGAUGAACCCCACAUUUCAUCGUAUUUCAUGCCAAUCCAACACUCAUUUAAUCAAUCUUCAGCCACCAAUGAAUUACUUUCACCUUCUUCUUCAUCAGUUGCAGCUGCAGAUAACCAUUUUAAUCCCCCACCAUUUUUCGACUUUCUUGGAGUAGGAGCCACUUGAAUGCAAGUUUCAGUUCAAAUUAACCAAAAACAACUCAAGGAAAAGCUGCAAAUUAUAUUUUUUUUGUUCUUAUUUUUCCAUAUAGAAACUCAAGAUCAUUAUUAUCAGUAGAUUUUCAGUUGUAGAUUUGUCAUGGGCCUUCAUCUCUUUUCUUGUAGCUCCUUGGAAAAUAAAUAUAAACUUUGAUUUUCAAUUA